AUGCCUCCAUCACCUUCGGAUCAUGAUGGUCAACGUGUUUCGCUGAGCGAAAUUGAGCUCAUCGACAUCUUUGCUUUGAUCUACCAUGGCUAUCUUGGGUGCACACCGUUGUAUCCCACUGUCGCUAUUUCUCUGCGCACUCUAGCUGCAUACCGCCAGACACACCGAGUAUGUCCUACAUUCAGUUUUCAAGCGCAGUGCAAAGCACUGUGCUUUCUUCAUGAUAUCCCUUACCGACCUUACCUCACUACCCAAUUAUCGGCUGCUUUCGACAUCUAUCUACAAAUUCUUCAGCGCAUCGAUCAACGUCUUCGCACAGCUCUGAAACGCGACACGCCUAAUUGGCGUCUUCUAAAUGCAUGUCCAGCAUGCUUUUACAAGCUGGAGGACGAGCCCAACCUUCCUUUUGACUGGCUUGUAACAAUGGACGGCAACAACAGUUUGAAGAGGUGGGACUCCACGAUAUACGGGACAAAUGCGCGACUCGACUCUCGUAAGGUCCAGUCAGAUAUUUGGAUUGAUCCGGACACUGUCGACAAAUUCAACGGCGAAGUCAGAGGGCAUGCGGCUAUGUCUAAUCGAGGCGAUGAUGCCUUAAUCGAUGAUACGACAGCGGAAACUAACCCUGCUCCAUUCAGCUGUGCAGAUCGAUGGAAAAAUGCGGGCCCAGAAAUGCGGAAGAAAAUGUUUUCUGUCUUUGACGAAUCGGGCAUCUUCAUUGCGGCAUGCCGCCAUCGUUUGGUGCUUUUAGGCUGCGACAUGAUCCGAAGUGGUGAAUUGGUGAAAUAUCCGCUUGCUAUGAUUGACAAGCUUCUUGCUGUCUAUGGCAAGGGCGGCGCUUGUGCUUAUGAUAUCGGGUGCGCAUUUACGAAGACACUAAGUAAUAGUUCUUUAGGGUCGCGUGCACACCAGCUUGGAUUUCGUCUUAUGGUCGGGGCCUUUCAUGGGCACGCUCACAAUCGGAAAUGCCAACUCGACUGGCAUCCACUCUACAUUUCUGGAACCGGACACAGCGAAGGAGAGGGGUGCGAGCACAUAUUUUCAGCAUCGAACGCACUCGCUUGUGGCACCCGGCAUGCAAGCACGUUUCAUCGGCAUCAGACAAUCAAUCAACAUUUUACGUUUUGGAAUGACAAUAAAUACGCCGCUCUCAGCAAUUUUCUCUGGAACCACUAUCGCGAGGCUUUGAAAUCAGUUCAGACACUCACCGUCGAACUGUCUGCCAUCAAAGCUGAGCUGGAUAUUACUGAUGACGAUUUCCCUCGGUACAUACUUCAAGAACGCGCUUAUCUGGAUGGUUUGAAACAGCCGCCUACGAGAGACCAAAAUUGCAUCCGAUACGUUGAGGCACUCGAUGAAUUAGCCGAACGAAACUUGGAGCGGAUCAAUGAAGCCCUAGCCCAAGCUCGGAUUCGCGUUGAUUCGUCUUACGCCAAGUUACAGCAUGCUGAAAUGCUAGUGGUGCACAUUGAACUCCAACUCGCUGUAGAGGGACGGUGGGAGAUAGGCGGUGAUGAAUACAACCGAUUCAAGAUGGAAGCUUGUCUUGGCAAGUACCGCACCGCACUCGAUGAUUUGGAGCGGCUCGUAGUGAUGCGAUUGUUUGAGCUUUCUAAAUUGUCAUUGUCGGGGACAGGGUACAAGUUACGUCAACAGAUCGGCAAGGCUUUGCAACGGCGUUCGGAAGCCAUUCGAAAUGCGAUCAAUCGUUAUAAUAUUCAAGCUAUAGCCCUAAAUCCCCCGCGUCCGAAGAUUUCAUGGAAAGAUAUCGCUGACUAUAGCUUUCUGGGCGAGUUCGAUCUUUUACGACACUCACGCACCGAUAUUCGCAGCGAGGAUUGGGCCAAACCAGCCCAUCGAGAAGCAACUACAAAAUACUUCAAGCUUUGUCGAGCACAUGAAGAGAUCACGCGACUUAAUGUCGAAAUUCAUCGCUUACGCACCGCUAUUCAUGCUGAACAAGUCCAAACAACUGCCGUGAUAGAGGAUCUCCAUCUUUCGGACCCGAAACUUGCUGAGGAGUUGCAGCGCCAAUGGUGUUCGCGUGCCGCCAUCAACGCUGUCCAUUUGCAUCGCUUAGAUCGCAUUGAAUGCCUCACUGGAUUCUCGGGUGUCAGGGGUGUUGGCCUAUUGAUCGCGAGGAGCACACGGCAUAAUCACAGAGGAUAUGGCUGA